CAGUUCCCGGUGGGGCGUGUGCACCGUCUACUGCGCAAGGGCAACUACGCCGAGCGGGUGGGAGCCGGCGCGCCGGUGUACAUGGCGGCGGUGCUGGAGUACCUGACAGCCGAGAUCCUGGAGCUGGCGGGCAACGCGGCUCGAGACAACAAGAAGACGCGCAUCAUCCCGCGCCACCUGCAGCUGGCCAUCCGCAACGACGAGGAGCUCAACAAGAAGGCGGCCUCAGGGGAGGCCAAGCCCAAGGCCAAGAAGGCGGGCGCGGCCAAGCCCAGGAAGCCCGCGGGCGCGGCCAAGAAGCCCAAGAAGGCCGCGGGCUCCGCCACCCCCAAGAAGAGCGCCAAGAAGACCCCGAAGAAGCCCAAGAAGCCGGCGGCGGCUGUUGGAGCCAAAAAGGUAAAGAGCCCGAAGAAGGCGAAGCCAGCCAAAGCCAAGAAGGUGCCCAAGAGCCCGGCCAAGGCCAAAGCGGCUAAGUCCAAGCCGCCUAAGCCGAAGGCCCCCAAGCCCAAGGCAGCCAAGACCAAGAAGGCGGCCAAGAAGAAGUAGGAAGUCCCUUUGGCCAACUGUUACCACACAACACACCCCAAAGGCUCUUUUCAGAGCCACCCA